AUGGCAAUCUCUAUGAAACACUAUAGGAAAGAAAUAAUAAGUGUUUUCCCCUUUUCUGUUAAGCUGUUUUUGUUCUCUUUCCUAAUUUGGAUUAUAACCGAUUCUAACCAGGGAAGACCUGCAAGAAAAUGGGGUAAUUGUGAGUACCACAGUUUGAAAGAAAAAGUAGACCUCAGAAAUAACAGAUGCUUAGCAGAAAAAGAUAGCAAUGGUGAACCACCACCUGAGGAGGAUAACUUUGCAAAUUUAGAGGAUUACUAUGCUAUAUUAGGAGUUCCUAGAGAUGCUACAGACCUUGAAAUAAAAAAGGCCUAUAGAAAGUUAACCAUGAAAUGGCACCCAGAUAGACAUGUAGAUCCAGAGUAUAAAAAAAUUGCAGAAGAAAAAUUCAAGAUUGUGCUCGAAGCAUAUGAGGUUCUAUCAGAUGAGAAUAAAAGACAAAUUUAUGAUCUCUAUGGUGCACAAGUGUUAAAAGAAAACUACACAUUCUACGGAGAUGAUGACGCAGGAGUUAUUGGUGAACCUCCUAUGUUUUCAUUUUACAAAACGAAUAUAAAUGCCUCUGAAAUGUUGAAUAAAAUUAUAGAUCCAGUUAAGAACUUCUCAGUUAAGUCAACCUUCAAUGAAAAAUUUCAGCAAGUUUCAGAUUUUUUUAGUAACAUAAAAUCCAAGAUUAACUCCUCCGCGACCCCAGGAGGCAGUAGUUGGGAUAACACGCCUAAGUCAUACGAAGCGCCUCUUUAUGUGUCAUUAGAAGAGUUAUACCAUGGAUGCCAAAAAAAAAUAAAAGUUACGAGAAAAAGAUAUAAUGGACCCGUUUCUUAUGACGAAGAAAAAGUGCUAACUUUAGAUAUAAAACCAGGAUUAUGUGACGGAACCCAAAUUAUAUUCUAUGGUGAUGGAGAUCAGGUAUCGCCUUGGCAACAACCGGGAAAUUUAAUUUUCAAAGUAGUAACGAAAGAACAUAGCAUAUAUACAAGAGAGGGCAAUAAUCUCAUUUUUAGGUGUGUAUUAACCUUAGAUGAAGCGUUAAAUGGCUUCAAAUUUGUGCUCGUAACAUUAGAUAAUAGAGAGUUAGUUAUACGAGUAGAGGAUAUUGUUGCCCCCAAUUCUAGAAGAACAAUUCCCAACGAAGGAAUGCCUAUUUUAAAUAAUCCAUCACAAAGGGGGGAUCUAAUAAUUGAGUUUGUAAUUGUAUUCCCCACCAAUUUGAGCCCGGAAGAAAGGGAUACCCUGAAUGAUAUUUUAUGUAAUAAAGGAUGA